UCGCCAUCUGUCGUCGGCGGGAAAUUUUUUCUGAGGUUUCGUUUUCGCUUUCGGAAGGAAUAAUUUACGUCCGUUCGGUCUCUCGAGAAAUCGCCAUGGCCAGAGGUGACCCAUAUAUCAGAAUUAUAAAUCAACCAACAAAUAGAAUGAGAUUUCGAUACGGAAGUGAAAAAGGAUCUCAUGGAGCUUUAACAGGAAAAGAUUCGUCUCACAAAAGAAAGACUUUUCCAACAGUUCAAUUGGAAAAUUAUUUUGGAAACAAAACUGUUUAUGUAAAAGCAACUUUGCACACAAAUAGUGAGCCUCCAGUACAACAUGUUCAUAGGCUGAGAGGACCAGAUUGUACAGAUGGUGUCUGUAUAAAAAAAGUAGAUAAAACCAGUAUUGUUGUCUUCCAGAAUUUAAGCAUUGAAUUUGUUGGCAAAAGAGAAUUAUCAAAUAUAAUAUAUGAAAGAAAACAGAAGGAAUUACAGUUUCAACUAUGUGAUGAAGUUAUUAGAGACUUAGCAAAUGAAGAGAGUAAAAGAAUAAAUUUACAUGUUGUAAGAAUAUGUUUUGAAGCUGGAAUUUUUGAAGAAGGCGCUCAAUGGCAAUCACUCUGCAAGACUUAUUCUGAUCCAAUAGCAAAUCAAAAAUCAACUGACACUGGGGAAUUGAAAAUUACUAGAAUUGAUAAAUAUUCAGGAUCAUGCAAAGGUGGUGAUGAAGUAUUUUUACUUUGUGAAAGAGUUAAUAAAAAAGAUAUAAAAAUCAAAUUCUUUGAAGAGAAAGAUGGUGAAUCUAGGUGGGAAGCAGAAGCAGAUUUUACAGAUUCAGAUGUUCAUCAUCAGGUAGCAAUUGUAUUUAAAACACCACCAUAUAGAAAUAUUGAUAUCAAUCAGUCAGUUGAAGUUAGAGUUCAGCUAUUCAGACCUUCUGAUAAUGAAACAAGUAAAUCAAUACCAUUUGAAUAUGAACCUGCAUUAAAAGAUACAACUUCAUAUGAUUUAUCAAAAAAGAAAAGAAAAACAUCACACACUGAUUUUGAACCAUUGAGUACUGUCACUUCACUAUCCCCAAGGCCAGUAAAUACAACCAAUAUAAAUUAUGAAAAAGAAAAAGGAAAUAACAAUGAAGGUGGGGAAAGAAAAAAUAUUGAAAAAUCUGUACUUACAUGCAUUGAAUUAAAUUCUGAGCCUGUUUUCAAAGCAUUUCCAUCCUGGUCUUCAAAUAAUUCAGUUCAGAUAAAUAUGUUGAAAAAGCAGAACUCUCUAAACUCAAUUGAAAGAGUUACAGAUUUUAAAUCAGUAAGAGAGAAAGAAGAUCCUAACUUACAGAAUAUUUUACAUUCCACAAAUAACAAUUAUGAAAAUGAUUUUUAUGAUAUCAGUAAAUUCCUGGAUGAUAUAUGUAUGCAAGAUGAAAGUCCUUACUUCUCUGAAGAUACAAAAAAUAAUAAAUUGAUAGACUUUUCAAGAGAUCCAGUUUUGGGUUCAACUAGCAACAAUGAUAUAACGGGAGCAGCCCUGGUCCUGGCUGGGCUGCUCCCGUUGCCUCUGGUAGUCAGCAUACUAAAGAUCCAUCCUGCCUAUAUGAUAGGACUGGAUUGGGAUGUCAGUGAACCGACAGGCACCGGUGUUGAAAUAUACACCGAUGGCUCAAAGGACGGUAGCUUAGUAGGUACCGCAUACUGCGUCUUGUCUGACGGAGUAGAAGUGUACUACCAAUCAGUCAGAUUGAAUGAGGAAGCGUCUGUGUUCCAGGCGGAACUUGUGACCCUGGAGGGGGCGUCCCAGUGGAUCCUUUCACUCCUGGGUCCAGAGCCAGUCACGGUAUACUCAGACAGCCAGUCGUCGCUACAGGCCUUGAGUGACAGGUACCAUCACGAUCCUCUGGUACAGGAGAUCAGAGAUGGGGUACUGAGGGUGAGGCACGUUGUCUUGCGGUGGAUCUGA